AUGCCAAACCUCAAGGAUCUCAGCUUGGAACCAUCACAUUAUGUGAGUUCUACAACUGCCAGAGAUGCCCAAGCAGUCUGCAAUCUUUACCAGGAGAUUCUUCUUCUUUGGACAAACAAUCUGGAAGCCUUCAAUGUAACAGUGCUUCCACAAACUGAUGGACCAGCAUUGAGCAAGCUGCUUCGGGCUGCUUUUGCCAAGCUCAGAUCAUUUGUCUUGGCUGGGUAUAGACAGAAUGAUGAUGCGUGCGUCCCUUUUGAAAUUCCACCCAACAGCAGACUUCAAAGCUUCAAGUUUGCAGUGUCAUUGGGUGCAAAGACUACAAAAGGUAUUCUUGGACUCCUUUGUGGUUUGACAUUAUUGAAUUCCUUGAAUUUUCAUGAGCGCCACAACAACCUGAGUGAAGUCAACAUCAGUGAUGAAAUUCUGGAGCUCCUGGCACAAAAUCGCCUUGAAUCUCUUGGGUUCUGCGACAUUGGAGUCAGUUUUCUCGAGAGCCUGGUGGAUGGUUUGAAAGAGAACACAUCAGUGAAGAAACUUUGUCAGUGCUACCAAACAAAAAUGGUUUCUUUAGCGACCCUCAAAUAUUUUGCCAGCAUGAUGGAACACAAUGUCUUGCUUGAGGAUGUGACGUUUGCGUACAGGUACACCUUGAGAAGAAGAGAUUUCAGGCCAACUGUUGCUCAAAUCCAGUACUGGGCAGAUUGCAACAAAUGUGGAAGGGGCAAGCUGAGUGAUCCCAAGGCACCAUUGGAUGAGUUGUUUGUGGCCUUGGAGACCGCCAAAGCGAAAACCCCUUAUUCUUAUUAUUGUCCAGACAAACUCUGGUAUGGGCUCCUCCGAGCCAACCCAGGAAUUUGGGCUGAAGCUGCAUUGACUGGACUUUGA